AUUAGGUUAAAACGUGUGACCUAAAAAGAAAGAUGUUAAAUCACAUCAUAAAAUAGAAUUGCAUACGAAAAUACAACAUACGUUUAACGAUAACAUUGUAUCAUUAUUUUCCAUCUGUCAUUUAGAUAUAAAAUAAGUGCUAAAAGCUUAUUCUUUGAGAAAUGCAUGAGGUCUGGAAACAAUUCUGUAAAAAUUCUGAAAUUCUGUUUUUAAAAAGAUGCCACUGCUUUUAAGCAUCCAAUCAACAGCAAUGCACGAAAUGUUUGGUAAGAAUUGCCAAAAAAAAGAAGGAAAGGUAAUUCGAUCAAAAUGUUGAAGAAGAGAAAUCAAUGACUGAGGUCACAACAUAAAAUUUGAUUAAAAAAAGACAUAUUUGAACAAAAGGGAAAUGAGCAGGAAUUAAAUCAAUCAGAGAAUAAAAUAUCAAAUAAUUAAAUGAAAAUCAAAUAAUACUGAAUCAAAUAUCUAAUUCCUAAAAAAUGAAAUCACACAUAUCAGGAGAACAGCUUUACUGCAUUGGUGUCUUUUAUUAGUGAUACAGUAACAUGAUAUUUUGUAAUCCGUUGAAAACCUUAGCAAAGAAACAUUGCAUGAACUGUAAUUGAUUUAUGGACUAAAAAAACACUUAAGGACACAACAAUUCAGGCCAGUUAGCACAAAAUGUUAAUGUUUCAACAAAUGUUUUUUUUUUUUAUAAUAUGGUUGUUUCACAAGUAGCAUGUGGAACCAAACACUGCAACAUGACACCGUGUCAGUGGCACAUAUCCAUAGACCUUCAUCCCUUCACAGUUAAUAAGCCACGUAUUACCACAAAUAUUUAACUUGUCUUCAUGCAAAUAAUUGAACUUGCAGCAAAUGUAACAGUAAGAAACAGUUCAGCUGACAUUUAGACUGAAAGGUGAAAAAGAGCUCGAAGUCUUACGUUCCGCUGGGGAUCUGCCUAAAUGAGAACAUGAGUCAGGGCGAGCUUGCAGCUGUGGCCAGACGAGCAAGGCACCUCACAGAAGAGCUAAGACAGGGAGUAAGAAAAACAUGCAAAGAUGUGAUCGACGUCUCCUCAGGGGACCUUCACAGUGCAGGUUUAAAGCCUCUGUCCUUUAGCAGACAGGUGUUUGCAGCAUGCCUUUACCCUGAGCUUAUGAACAGCAACAAGCUGCCUGUGGACGUCCGACAGAGAGCUCAGUGGCUGCUUGGGUCGUGUGCAGGAGGGAGUGUAGGUUCCUACACUGCUGCAGCAGGUAUACCAAACAUAGUCAACAGUGUCUCUGAAUUCAUACGGAGGCGAGAUGGGGCUCCGUCGUAUCCUGAGAACAUCUACAUCAGUCCAGGCUCCCAGUGGUCGAUCACGAAUAUCCUUAAACUGAUGCUGAACAGCAAGGCUUCACCCAGGACGGGGGUGCUGAUUCCGGUGCCGUGCCACUCCACUACCAUUCUGUCCAUCGUGGAUUUGGGAGGCGCCAUCGUUCCUUAUUACCUCAGUGAGAAUCUGGGCUGGGAGCUGCAGGUCGCGGAGCUGCAUCGAGCCCUGGAAUCGGCGAAGGGAGUCUGCAAACCUACAGCUCUCUACGUCAUCAACCCUGGAAACCCAACAGGUCACCUUCAAACCAGAAAGUCAAUCCAAGCAGUUAUCCAGUUUGUUGCAGAGAAGAAGCUCUUUCUUCUGGCUGAUGAGGUCUAUCAGGAUUAUGUUCAUGGGGAGAAUGAGUUUGUCUCCUACAAGAGGGUUCUGGCAGAGAUGGGUCCUCCUUUUUCAGAAACGGUGGAGCUAGCGUCUUUCCACUCAGUAUCCAAAGGCGUCAUGGGAGAGUGUGGGCUGCGUGGUGGAUACGUGGAGCUGGUAAAUGUGGACCCUGCUGUCAUGAAACACGUCUACACUCUGUUCUCCAAAGACACCUGUGCACCAGUGUUGGCUCAGAUUGCCCUGAAUGUGAUGGUGAACCCUCCACGACGGGGGGAUCCCUCCCAUCGUCUCUAUACUGUGGAGACGGAGCACAUAAAGACCACGCUGCUUCAUAACGCAAGGAGAGCCUACGAGGUUACAAACAGCCUGCCUGGAGUCUGCUGCCAGCCCAUGGACGGAGGAGCGUUCAUCUUCCCCAGACUGGCUCUUCCACCCAAGGCCAUUCAGAAAGCAAAGGAGGCAGGAACGGAGCCAGACAUAUUCUACUGUAACAGACUGUUAGAGGAUGCUGGUAUUUUAACCGCGCCUGGUUGCCAGUUCGGACAGAGGGAAGGCACUUAUCACGUCAGAUUUUGCAUCCUGGUGCCUGUGGCCACGAUGGAGGAGUUACUGAGACGCUUGACCAGCUUUCACACACAGUUUAUGGCAGAGUUCUCCUAAACUAUUGUGCAUUACGAUGAUUUAAGGAUGACGAUAAAAUCUAAUAAAUUUCCUCAACAUAAAUAUUUAUUGCAAUAAAGACAUUUAUUACAUCCA